UUUCCGCUGUUAUUUGAAACAACAAACAGACUCGAGUUUUCUUGUAUAUAAAACGAUGAAUUGACGAUUUAAUUGCUAAUAUUUAUCUCGUCUGUGGUUUAAGGGCUUCAGAUCGGGAUGGAGCAGGAGGAACAGAGAGAAUGGGAUGCUGUUAACAGGUUGCUGCAGCAUCACGGGUUCAAACCUGUCAGCUUUGCAGAUCCAACAGAGAACAAGAACCUUGCAGAGUUGGUUUUGUUGGAGCGCAAGUCUGCCUCUGAUGUCCGGAUGAUUUUGAAGACGAUGCUGUCAGAUUCUGAAAGGAGACAAGGUUUAAUUCAAGAGCUCAUUCAGUCCAACAGCCAAUUAAAAGAGGAAGUGCAGCAGCAUCAGACGCGAGCCGCCCGUCAGUCUCAGAGGGCUGCUGAACUGGAGAACAUCUUGGACGGGGUCAAGGUCAAAGUUCAAGAACUGGAGGACUCGUAUAUUAGUAAAGCUGCCCUACAGCACCAGCAGUUCCAGCAGCUGCAGCAGGAGAAGAGAGAUGCUGAGAAGUGUUGUCAGUCUGUGGAGCAGAAGCUGGUUCAGGAGCAGCAGCAGGUGUCUCGGCUGCAGAAGAAGCUCCAGUAUGCGGUGCGGGAGGAGGAGAGACGUGUGGCCAGACAGAAGCAGACCUUCCAGCAGAUCCUCCGCAGAUCAGCACGACUCAACUCAACCAACGACCAGCAGAUUCUGGACAUCAUUGACCUGUAUGAAUCCCAAAUGCAGCAGCUGCGCAACGAACUAAAACUAUUUAAAGGAGAGAAGGACUCGUCAAACUCCCAGAAGAGCAGAUCCACCGUGGACAAAGAUGUCACUGAUACAUCUUCCACAUAUAAGGCCCUUCUGAAGUCAUACCAGGAGCAACUUAAAGACACCAAAGCUCAGCGGGAAGAGCUCAGGACAGAAAUCCAGCGCUUGAAGGAAGAUCUGGAGUCCAGACCCACGAUAAAAGAGCUGAAGACCUGCAAACAGCAGCUGAGACGCUUGGAUCGAAUCAUUCAGCAGAGUAACCUCAGGUCAGCUCAGGAACAGAAACUGCAGGACUCGACAGAAAAACCUGACAGUGAUAACGCCAGUAUCCAGAAGCUGGACUCAUUGACAUGCAGGAGACUCCUCACGGAUGUUUGUAAGGAACUCGAUGUGCAAAAUAUCAAUCAUGUCAUUUCUACAGUGAAGGUUCAACGUAAUCAGGCCCAAUCUGCCACCAGACUGCAGGAGGUCCUGUAUGACAUCACCGCCGUCCUGACCAAUCACAGAGCUCCGCUGGGUUUGCUGAGGCAGCGAGUUCAGUCCAAUGUAGAGUUCAUUCGGGAGGCAGAGUUUGACAUGAUUGUUCCAUCUCUGGAGGUCUGGAGCCAACAACUGACCUCUCUGUCAGAUCUUCAUCAUGCCCUGAUCAAUCUACAGAAGAGGUUGUUGCCUUUACAGUCAGAAAGUGGCUCAAACCCGCCUUCAGAUUCAGUACGGGUUGAAGACCUGAUGCUGAUCGUCGACACACUCCUGGAUGAAACCCAACCAGACGAUAAGGUUUUGCGCAGUCCCACUAGACACACACUGGAGUCUAUAGUCGCACACUUCCAGAAACUCUUCGAUGUGCCGUCGCUGACAGGAAUCUACCCUCGCAUGACUGAGCUCUACAGCAAACUGGGGGAGAUGAACAAUGCCAUGAGGAACCUUCGAGACCUCCUGGACUUGGAUGAUAAAGCUCCAGCUAGUGAGGUGGUCAGCAGUGUCUCCAGUGUCCUGUCUCAGUCUGGACAGGAGAUCUGCAGCCUUCUGGAAAGCAGCGACAUUGACAGCAUCAUCAUGAAGCUGAAGGAACAUGAGGAAUUUUUCCCGGUUUUCCACUCGUUCAUGCUGGAGCUUCUGCAAACUCUGGACGUCCCGACUCUAGACGACGUUUUACCAAGAAUCCGUUCUCUUAAAGGCUGAUGUUUGUAAAGCACCGUGUGGUUUUAGACCUGACUAUUUAUUUAAAAACCUACUUGACUCUCAGUGUUCGUGUUUUAUAAAUAAAUCUGUGCCGACAGCAGCAGUUUGUCAUAAAA